GCGGGUGUAAACAGCAUCGAAAGCGAAUUACAGCCCGGCGGCUGGGGCCAGGGACUGCCAGCUCCCACCUGCACCCGGAGGGUAAUUUUAUGGUCCCCAAAUGGGACAUAAAGUGGUCGUGUUUGACAUUUCUGUCAUCAGAGCCUUGUGGGAAACUCGUGUCAAGAAGCACAAAGCAUGGCAGAAGAAAGAGGCGGAGAGGCUGGAGAAAAGCGCCUUGGAGAAGAUAAAAGAAGAAUGGGACUUCGUGGCUGAGUGCAGGAGGAGAGGUGUUCCCCAGGCCCAGUACUGCAAGAAUGGCUUUGUAGACACAAGCACAAGGCUUCUGGAAAAGAUUGAGAGGAACUCCCUCACGAGGCAGAGUACGUGCGCCAAGGACAGAGACAAACGGAGCAAUCCAUUCGUGUUUGAACUUUCAGGGGAGCACUGGAAGGAGCUCCCUGACUCAUUGAGGGAGCAGACACACCUCAAAGAAUGGCACAUAUACGGCACCCUGAUUCAGACCAUUCCCACGUACAUCGAGCUGUUUCAAGCCAUGAGAAUUCUGGAUUUGCAAAAAAACCAAAUCUCGUAUCUUCCAGCUGAAAUUGGUCGUUUGAAGAACCUGAAAGAACUCAAUGUGAGUUUCAACCAUCUGAAGAGUAUUCCCCCAGAACUGGGGGACUGUGAGAAUCUAGAGAGACUGGACUGCUCUGGCAAUCUGGAAUUGAUGGAACUCCCCUUUGAAUUGAGUAAUUUGAAGCAAGUUACAUUUGUAGAUAUCUCAGCAAACAAGUUUUCCAGUGUCCCGAUCUGUGUCCUGCGGAUGUGUAACUUGCAGUGGUUGGAUAUCAGCAGCAAUAAUCUCAAUGACCUGCCACAAGAUAUAGACAGGCUGGAGGAACUGCAGAGCUUCCUCUUGUAUAAAAACAAGUUGACCUACCUUCCUCAAGCCCUGCUCAACCUCAAGAAGCUCACCUUGCUGGUCGUCAGUGGAGACCAUUUGGUGGAAUACCCAACAGCCCUCUGCGAUGCGCCCACAACGUUAAAAUUUAUAAGCCUUAUGGACAAUCCCAUUGAUAAGACCGAGUUUCAAGAUGAUGAUGAAAUAAUAGAAAGUGAACAGGACCGCCAGCAUUUUGAUAAGGAAUUUAUGAAAGCCUAUAUUGAGGACCUUAAAGAAAGAGAAUCUGUUCCCAGUUAUACCACCAAAGUAUCAUUUAGCCUUCAACUUUGAUGUAAUCCAUCAGAAGAACACAAAAUUUUAUUAUCCUGCAGAACUCUAAAUCUUUAUGUAUGGGUUAUAUCAUAUAGGAAUUCUGGCUUGUGCUUAAAGAGACAAAGUCUAGAAACUACUAUCAUUUUUGUUAAGCAACUUUCAAAUUUCAAACAUGGCAAGACUGAUGGAUUAGUUUAUGAAUUGAUAUUUGCAGAUUUAAUUGCAUAUACU